AUGAAAUUGGGCAGGGGAGUUCUCAAUGGCCCGUUGCAUACGACGAUAAACGUUGCAGAGUACAGUCUGGCGACGUCGCGUGUCGAAUGGAGACUUGUGAUCGAAGUAAACAAGAGCAUCCUAGGCUAUCGGAGAAAUCAUCCGGUGACAAAAGUAGUAGCAGCUGCUCCGACCGGAAGCGGACAUCAGCUCCGGGCAAAGGACGUGCCGAUCCUAACAGAGGUCCUUCCGGGCCAUGAAACGCCACACUUCCGUGCGGACCGCAUCAUGAACGAUGAAUGGGGCUCCAAGGACCACACGUGA